AUGAUUAAACCGAUUUCAUGAUGGCCAGUGUACCAGUAAAAGAACGAGUGAAGGUGUCUCAAAACUGGAGGUUGGGGCGCUGCCGAGAGGGGAUUCUGUUGAAGUGGAGAUGCAGUCAGAUGCCCUGGAUGCAGCUAGAGGGUGAUUCUCUGUACAUAUCCCAGGCUAAUUUCAUCCUGGCCUAUCAGUUCCGCCCAGAUGGUGCCAGCUUGAACCGUCGGCCCCUGGGAGUCUUUGCUGGGCACGAUGAGGACGUUUGCCACUUUGUGUUGGCCAACUCACAUAUUAUCAGUGCAGGAGGAGAUGGAAAGAUUGGUGUUCAUAAGAUUCAUAGCACCUUCACCGUCAAGUACUCAGCUCAUGAGCAGGAGGUGAACUGUGUGGAUUGCAGAGGGGGCAUCAUUGUGAGUGGCUCCAGGGACAGAACGGCCAAGGUAUGGUCUUUGGCCUCAGGCCGGCUUGGGCAGUGCUUACACACCAUCCAGACUGAAGACCGAGUCUGGUCCAUUGCUAUCAGCCCAUUACUCAGCUCUUUUGUGACUGGGACGGCUUGUUGUGGGCACUUCUCACCCCUAAGAAUCUGGGACCUCAACAGUGGGCAGCUGAUGACACACCUGGGCAGUGACUUUCCCCCAGGGGCUGGGGUGCUGGACCUCAUGUAUGAGUCCCCUUUCACGCUCCUGUCCUGUGGCUAUGACACCUACGUUCGAUACUGGGACCUCCGAGCCAGUGUCAGGAAGUGUGUCAUGGAGUGGGAGGAGCCCCACGACAGCACCCUGUACUGCUUGCAGACGGAUGGGAACCACUUGCUGGCCACAGGUUCCUCCUACUACGGGGUUGUACGGCUGUGGGACCGGCGCCAAAGGGCCUGCCUACACGCCUUCCCGCUGACGUCGACACCCCUGAGCAGUCCGGUGUAUUGCCUGCGCUUCACCACCAAGCAUCUCUAUGCGGCGCUGUCUUACAACCUUCACGUCCUGGACUUUCAAAACCCGUGACAGGCAGGGCCACCCUAGCUGUGGGCCAGGGAAGCUAGCUACUCAGGGACCUCUCUUGCUUGGAGGGUGCAGUGAUAAUGCUCCCCACCCGUGCCUGUGCUCCCAGACCUGCAACCACAGUGCUUGAGCACUUAAGCCAAAGGCUGCUGACUCCUGGGACUCAGAUUACCCAGUGGUACAGCCCCUCCCAAGAACCAGUUGGAGAGAAGAGACCUGCUGCUUUGGGAGAGUGAAGCUGAACCCACCGGGCCUUGCUUUCCUAUCCGCCAGAGCAAGGAUCUGGCCUAGAGAGGCACCCCCGCCCGCACCUCACCCCUUAGAGCCAUGAUAGCUUAGCGGAGGUGAGGUGCUCCGGCCUUCCCAGUGGUCCCCCUCUGCCCUUUCCCUGGAAGGAGGGUGUGGCUGCCAAUACCCCUGCUGGCACCAGCCCCCGCCUCCUCAGUCAGACCCCACCUUUGGACAAGUUUUUGGGGCUGGGGACUCAUUCCUGGGGCACUAUGGCCUGGUCUCCCUUUGAAACCAAGAAAGGAUAAAGGAAACACAGAAGUUCUGAGUGAGCUCUCAGCCAGCCCAGCCUCAGGCCAGCUGUUGAGACAGGCUACAAUAUUCAUUUUUGUAAAAAUAAAGCUUAAUUGUUCAAA